GAGCAUAUUUCUCUCACAACGCCACGAUUUAGCAAUUAAUCAAUAAAUUCAAAAAAGAAAAAGAAAAUAAGUAUAAGAGGAAGACCUUCGUCUUCGUUGACCAUCAUCAAACACUAAACGCUCUUUCUUUCUUUCGUUCUCCGCCGUGCGUAAGGCUAAAAUUAUCAAACCCGUCGGUCUCGGAGAUACAGGUGAACUUGGAUCAGGUUGAUUUGGUACUACAUCAAUGGGAGGAGGAUUUAGAGUUUUGCAUUUGGUGAGGCCGUUCUUGGCUUUUUUGCCUGAGGUUCAGAGUGCUGACAGGAAGGUGCCUUUCAGAGAGAAGGUUAUCUACACUGUCAUCUCUCUCUUCAUCUUUCUUGUCUGCAGUCAGCUUCCUCUCUAUGGUAUUCAUUCAACGACGGGUGCCGAUCCUUUCUACUGGAUGCGUGUCAUUCUUGCUUCCAACCGUGGGACUGUGAUGGAGCUCGGUAUUACUCCUAUCGUCACGUCUGGGCUCGUGAUGCAGCUCUUGGCGGGUUCUAAGAUUAUUGAGGUUGACAACAAUGUCCGUGAGGACCGUGCCCUCUUGAACGGUGCUCAGAAGCUUCUAGGUAUUCUGAUAGCCAUCGGUGAGGCUGUUGCAUAUGUUCUUUCUGGAAUGUAUGGCCCCGUUGGACAGCUCGGUGUUGGUAACGCCAUUCUCAUCAUCCUCCAGCUUUUCUUUGCCGGAAUCAUUGUUAUCUGCCUUGACGAGCUUCUUCAGAAGGGAUACGGUCUUGGCUCAGGAAUCUCCCUUUUCAUUGCCACCAACAUCUGUGAGAGCAUUAUCUGGAAGGCAUUUAGCCCAACGACCAUCAACACUGGUCGUGGAGCUGAGUUUGAAGGUGCUGUUAUUGCAUUGUUCCAUAUGCUGAUAACCAAGUCCAACAAGGUUGCAGCUCUCCGCCAAGCGUUCUACCGGCAAAACCUUCCAAACGUUACCAACUUGCUUGCCACAGUUCUGAUCUUCCUUAUUGUGAUCUACUUCCAAGGGUUCCGUGUGGUCUUGCCUGUGAGAUCAAAGAAUGCCCGUGGGCAACAGGGUUCUUACCCAAUCAAGCUGUUCUACACCUCUAACAUGCCCAUCAUUCUCCAAUCUGCUCUCGUCUCAAAUCUUUACUUCAUCUCUCAGCUUCUCUACAGGAAGUUCAGUGGAAACUUCUUUGUAAACCUAUUGGGACAAUGGAAAGAAUCUGAGUACAGUGGGCAAUCUAUUCCAGUUAGUGGUCUGGCUUACCUCAUCACAGCUCCAGCAAGCUUCUCGGACAUGGCAGCUCACCCGUUCCAUGCUUUGUUCUACAUUGUUUUCAUGCUCACUGCUUGUGCUCUUUUCUCAAAGACAUGGAUUGAAGUCUCUGGAUCUUCUGCUAGGGACGUAGCUAAGCAGCUCAAGGAACAACAAAUGGUGAUGCCUGGACACAGAGAGUCAAACUUACAGAAGGAGCUGAACAGGUAUAUCCCAACAGCAGCAGCUUUCGGAGGAGUGUGUAUUGGUGCACUGACCGUUCUAGCUGAUUUCAUGGGAGCCAUUGGGUCGGGCACUGGAAUUCUUUUGGCGGUCACAAUCAUAUAUCAAUAUUUCGAGACCUUUGAGAAGGAAAAGGCAAGUGAACUCGGCUUCUUCGGGUUCUAAGUUAGCCUAACUUUGCUUAGCAAAGGGAGAGUUAAAACAGAGAAGGCACUUUAGCUUCUGUGCCAGCCUCAAAUGGUUGGAACAGACCGUUUGAGGAUAGCAUUUGGGGUAGACUUUUUUGUUGUUUUAACAAAACUUUCACUUGUAGUUUCUCUUUUUAAUAUAAUUUUAUGUUUUUAUGUUACUUUAAAAAGUUGAAUACCUGAUAGACACUUUUCUCAUGUAUGUUUCUAGGAGUUUCAAACAUGAUCGAAUAAACAGUUUUACAUUUUUGAAUUAAAA